UAUUUACCUAAGGGAGACAUCAAUUAGGCUAGAACGGGCCUCUUUAAUUAAAGCAACUUCGUUACUCACUGUCUUUCAGAUAUUGCCUAUAGGAAAGCUCAAAAACAAAAAUAAACAACCGAGUUCCAUAGAAAAAUGUGCCUUUAGUCUGCUGAGUGACGACACCUGAAGCAGUAGACGAGCUAUUCAGAAAUAAAUACCAAUAUGUUCCCCAAAAGGUGCCUCCAGGUCGCCCUUUUUGCGUUCUAUUUAAUUGGCCUGGUCACGCCCCAAUCGCCCGGAGACACGCCUCUGGGCAAAACGGAUCCGGCGCAGUCCGGGCAGCAACCUACGAACUAUCAACCCAGCUACAACAAGGAUUACUUGCCGCGGUAUAAUCCUUUGUAUACUGGACAGCAACAGAGCUCAGACCAAAGUCAGUUUGAUAAUCCCCUGCAUGACGGCCAGAGUCCCAGCACCUACAAGGGGUACUAUGAUGGCAGGGCGGGAGCUGGAGCACUUGGCGGCAACGUGGUUGGGCCAGGUAACAACCUAGGCGGUGUUGGGCCGCAAUACGACCCCUUUAAUCGGAACAGCAUUGGGUCGGUGGGAGUCAGUUACCGCGAUGAAUACAGUAAUGAGGACAACUUCUGCCCGGAGCAUUGGGUCUCGUUUCGGCAGACUUGCUAUCGCUUUAUUCGUUCGCCUAAGCGCAACUGGGCGGAGGCAAAGAAAAUCUGCAAGGCCUACAAUGCCGAUCUGAUAAAUGUGGAGAACGUCGAGAAGCACUCGUUUAUUCUCAAAAACCUCAUACUUCAAAAUCAACGACAGAAUCGGUUCUUUAUUUCGGCGCGCCAGACAGGACCGUUGAAUUGGGUUAACGAUGACAACACCCAGCUGGUGCAGAUCGAGGACUCCUUUUCCUUGGACGAGCAAGUUCCCCUAGAAAACGAAGACCUGCAUGACAACCGAUUCCUUGUGCAAAACGACCUGAAUAACCGAAACAUCAAUAAUCCAAAUCAGUUUUACAACUCGCUGCCGGGCACUAUAAAUCAGCGAAAUCAAAAUAAUUUGCGCGGAUUUUUAGGUCCGAAUCAGCUGUACGGAGAUAACGGUUAUGUGCGCGAUCGCGUUGUCUACGCCUUCUCCAAAAAGAGGGAUCGAUGGAUGUUUAUGCCGGCUUACGAAAUUGAACUGAAUCUUUUUAUCUGCGAGUCAAAGGUAUUAUACAACCCAGACAAUGUCAACAUAAAGUUGGAUGACAAGCGGCCCUACCAUUAUGGACUCGAUAUUACCGAUAUGGAACGCAUUCCGCGGGGUCCUUUUUUCGUAAAGCAACCAAACGACACUACUUUCGAUGUGAACAAGAAUCGUCUGAUCAACGAUGUAACUCUGAGCUGUUUGGCCGGCGGUUUUCCAACACCGUCGUACCAAUGGUACAGAGAGGCAUACGUAGACGACACCCUUGAGUACCAUAAGAUCGAUCCCCUUCAACAGGACCGAUACACUAUAUCUGGAGGGAACCUGAUUAUCUAUGAGCCAAAGCAGGCACUCGAUCAGGGCGCAUAUCAUUGCGUGGCAGAAAACAAAUUUGGACGCAUUCGUUCUGAAAGCGCGCAUCUCAACUUUGGAUUCAUCAUGGAGUUCAACCUAAAACGCUCUGCAGAGACGAGCGAGAUGAACUGGGGAAAAUCCAUAUUCUGCGACCCACCACAACACUAUCCUGACGUUCGCUAUUACUGGGCUCGCGAUUAUUUUCCUAACUUUGUGGAGGAGGACCAACGUGUGUUUGUCUCCCGAGAUGGCGCUCUUUAUUUCUCCUUUAUUGAAACCGUAGACAGAGCCAAUUACUCGUGCACUGUACAGACCCUUGUGUCGGAUACUGGCCGCAAUGGACCCUUUUUUCCUCUGCGCGUAACUCCCAAUAGCAACUAUCAGGCACUUAUAUUCGCUAAUACCUUUCCAAAAGUGUUUCCGGAGGCGCCAGUGGCUGGUGACGAGAUCCGGCUAGAGUGCAUGGCCUUUGGUUACCCGAUCCCGUCGUACAAUUGGACUCGGCAAGGGCUACCUCUUCAACGCAACGCUUACACCAUUAACUAUGGACGGGUGUUAAUCAUCCAAAAUGCAACAACGAACGACAACGGCGAGUACUCUUGUACAAUUACAAAUCCCCGCAAGACGCUGUUAAAAAGCAUCUAUAUAAACAUCCAAAUGAGACCACAGUUUACUAUUCCUUUAAAAGACAUGAUCAAAGACUACAACAGCGACGUAACUUUCAUAUGCGAGGCCUUCGCCAUUCCGGAUGCGAACUAUACUUGGUAUAAAAAUGCCGAACGUCUCGAUCCCAAGACUGUAAAUCGUGAUCGAUACAUUAUUCAGGACAAUGUUCUAACAAUUAAGUUUCUGGAAAAAGAUAAGGAUGAAGCAAUGUACCAAUGCGGAGCCCAAAAUCAACUGAAGACUUCCUUCUCGUCAGCUCAACUCAGAGUGCUGUCAAUGAAACCGUCCUUUAAAAAGCAUCCGCUCGAAUCUGAAGUGUAUGCUGUUUACAACGGCAAUACAACUAUUGUUUGCAAUCCGGAAGCCGCUCCACGCCCCAAAUUCCAAUGGAAGAAAGACGGCCAGGUUAUAGGCUCGGGAGGCCACCGGCGCAUCCUGCCAAGCGGUACCCUUACCAUUGCACCCACGUCGCGCGAUGAUGAGGGCGUCUACACAUGCAUUGCAUCGAAUCAAGCUGGAACCGAUGAAUCCCACGCCCGAGUUAUUGUUUUGCAGGAAAUUCGUUUUAUUGAGACUCCUCCGCAACGUAUUGUUUCUAGAGAACAUGAUUUAAUAUUUUUGCAUUGCGAGGCUGCCUUUGAUGAGCUGUUGGAUAUUGCUUACGUUUGGAAGCACAAUGGCGAAACCUUAAAAAACAACCAUGACGGCACCGGGCGUAUUGUUGUUGACUGGAACAGAUUGACAGUUCAUAACACCACCAUGCGUGAUGCAGGCGAUUACGAGUGUGUAGUAAAGUCCGCGGUUAACGAAAUAAGCAGCAAGACAAGUGUGUCCAUUGAAGGAGCACCUGGCGCCCCAGGAGGGGUACAAGUCAUACAAAUCAGUAAAACGAAAGCCAUAAUUGAGUGGGUGGAUGGAGCUAGCAACGGUCGCGCAAUUCGCUACUACAACAUAUUAGGCCGGACAAACUGGAAUCGAACUUGGGUUAAUGUAUCCACUCAUGUGCAAGCGCGGGAAGUAGACCGCUACACUUCACGUCAACAAGCCGAGGUUGUGAAUCUAACGCCGUGGUCCGCUUACGAGUUUAGUGUGACCGCCGUAAACGAUCUGGGAAUUGGUACGCCAUCAGCACCAUCGCCAAUAUACAGUACCUAUGAGGAUAAGCCAUAUAUAGCACCAAGGAAUGUGGGAGGUGGUGGUGGAAAGAUCGGCGACCUUACGAUUACCUGGGACCCCCUGUUGCCCCAAGAACAACAUAGCCACGGUAUAUACUACAAAGUGUUUUGGAAGUUAAAGGGAGCUAUUGAAUGGGCAUCGGGUGAGAUAAAGAAACAGGACCAUAUGGGUGUAGCUGUGGUUAAUAUUCCUCUCAACAACUACUAUACGGAAUACGAGGUCAAAGUGCAGGCCAUUAACAGCAUCGGCAAGGGACCGGAAAGCGGAAUUGCUGUCAUCCACUCCGCCGAGGACAUGCCACAGGUUGCUCCUCAAAAGCCCAUUGCGAUUGCCUUUAACUCAACAUGCUUUAAUGUCACCUGGCAACCGAUUGACAUGUCUCGGGAGAACAUUCGAGGAAAACUCAUUGGCCACAGGUUGAAGUACUGGAAAACAACGCACCAAGAAGAAGACUCCGUAUACUACCUGUCACGAACCACAAGGAAUUGGGCCUUGAUAGUAGGUCUGCAGCCAGACACCUACUACUUUGUGAAGGUCAUGGCAUACAAUGCUGCUGGAGAAGGACCGGAAAGCGAACGGUUUGAAGAACGCACAUAUCGAAAGGCUCCUCAAAAGCCUCCGUCUUCAGUUCAUGUCUAUGGAAUAAAUCCGUCAACUGUGCGAGUCGUUUGGCGAUACGUUUCCCCCUCGCAGGACGAGGAACCAGUCGAGGGCUAUAAGGUUCGCAUUUGGGAAACGGACCAGAACAUGAUCACAGCUAACAAUACCAUUGUACCUAUUGGACAGAAACUUGAGUCCUACAUCAAUACCCUUACGCCGGGAAAAAGCUACAACAUGCGAGUCCUUGCAUACAGCAACGGAGGUGACGGUCGCAUGUCCAGUCCCACUCUGCGCUUCCAAAUGGGUAAAACGACGCGCAAUGCUGCAAGCUCCCAAUAUGGCCACAAUGUCAAAUUGGCAUUUAUUUCAAGCACACUCAUCGCCAUCGUUUUCUAUUCAAGCUACUGAUUGCAGCACAAAUCAAGAUGCAUAAGUAGUAGGAGUAGGAGUAUAUUCAAUACUAAGAAGUGACCUUAUAUAGGAAUAAGUAGUACAGCGGCAAACCACGAAAACAUUCCAGCCGUUCUUUUUCAUAAAUCUUUGAAAUCUUUGAAUUCCGUCCAUUUUAUAGACUUUUAAAAAAAUAAACUUUUAUCUUUCCAAUAUUUUGAACAAUA